AUGAGUAUCGACGAAGAUAAGAUUGACGGGAUCGAGUUGGUCUCGAUCGACAACCCUCGUGGUGAUAAUAAUAAUAUUAACAGUAGCUCAAGUGAUGAUAAGAAGGAAAAGAAACGUUCCAUAUAUGUCACGACGUCUUUGUCACAACAUCAGACUUCUGAUGAAACAAGAACUCGGAUUCAGAAUGAGAUUCUAAGUAAUGCUGCAAUGAAUGGAGAAUAUGAUCCUGAGAUGGCUAUAGAGAUAGAAGAAGGAACUGUACAAGAGACGGAAGUUAAGAGAGAAUUAAAAGAAAGACAUACAAGUAUGAUUGCACUGGGCGGUACUAUUGGUACCGGUUUGUUUAUUGGUAUAUCAUCACCUUUAUCGAAUGCGGGGCCUGUAGGUGCUUUGAUUGCUUAUUUAUUCAUGGGUACAUUAGUUUAUGGUGUUACUCAGUCAUUAGGUGAAAUGGCUACAUUUAUCCCAGUGACAUCGUCAUUUACCGUUUUUACAGCUAGAUUCAUGAGUCCAGCUUUCGGUGCUGCCACAGGCUAUUUGUAUUGGUUUUCUUGGGCUGUGACGUUUGCAUUAGAAUUAAGUGUUGUUGGACAAAUUAUUGAUUUUUGGACGUUAGCUGUCCCAUUAGCAGCAUGGAUUAGUAUAUUUUGGGUACUAUUAACAUCUAUGAACUUAUUUCCAGUGAAAUUUUAUGGUGAAUUUGAGUUUUGGGUAGCUUCAAUUAAAGUUGUUGCCAUUAUUGGGUUCAUUAUAUAUUGUCUAUGUAUGGUAUGUGGUGCGUCCAAAACAUUAGGUGGUCCCGUUGGCUUUAGAUAUUGGCGUAAUCCAGGUGCUUUUGGACCUGGUAUUAUUUCUAAGGAUUUAAACGAAGCUAAAUUCUUAGGUUGGUUUUCGUCAUUAAUUAAUGCUGCAUUUACAUAUCAAGGUACUGAAUUGGUUGGUGUUACUGCUGGUGAAACUGCUAAUCCAAGAAAGGCAGUUCCACGUGCAAUCAAACAAGUCACAGCUCGUAUCCUUGUGUUUUACAUAUUGUCUUUGUUAUUUAUUGGGUUGUUGGUUCCUUAUAAUGAUCCUAAAUUGACCUCAUCAGAUUCUUAUAUUUCAUCAUCGCCUUUCAUUAUUGCCAUUGAAAAUUCAGGUACUAAAAUUUUACCUCAUAUUUUUAAUGCUGUUAUUUUAACUACUAUUGUAUCUGCAGGUAAUUCAAACAUUUAUGUCGGUUCUCGUAUUCUAUAUGGUUUAUCAAAGGAAAAAUUAGCCCCAAAAAUUUUCAGCAAAACCUCAAAAGGCGGUGUUCCAUACUACGCGGUUUUUAUGACUUCAGCUUUUGGGGCUCUAGCUUAUAUGGAAACUUCAGCUGGUGGUCAAAACGCGUUCAAUUGGCUUCUAAACAUUACCGCAGUAGCAGGUUUCUUUUCAUGGUUAUUCAUUUCAUUGGCCCAUAUUCGAUUCAUGAAGGCUCUCCGUUACCGUAAUAUAUCACGAAAUGACCUUCCAUUCAAAGCUUCACUAAUGCCUGGGUUAGCCUAUUAUGCGACAUUUUUCAUGAUUCUGAUCAUUAUUCUUCAAGGGUUUACUGCGUUCGCACCUCAGUUUUCUACAUCUGAUUUUUUCGCAGCCUAUAUAUCCAUAUUCCUUUUCAUAGGCCUUUACAUUGCGUUCCAGCUCUACUUCCGCUCGCCUAUCCUUCUCCCGCUCCACCAACUGGACCUAGACUCAGGCAGAAGACACUUAGACGCACUCAUAUGGAAUCCCUCUUAG